AUGUUCACCUCGCCCAACGCCGGCAAGUCUGUGGACAGUUUGUCACCACUGGCGCCGGGCGGCCGAGCAGACUAUCCUUUUCACAGCUUGCGCAGCAGGAAUAAGCCAGCCUCCAGACGCGGAUCGACAGCGAGCUCCAUCCACUCCAUUGGCGGCGCAUCGUACCCUUCAGUCAAUGGUCUGAACCUCUCCGUUCAUGAACUCGGCCAAAAUGCUAUCUCGACGUUACUGCAGCCCCCCAUCGUGCGAACCGGCCUCCAGCCCCACACAACAGCGCCAACCUCGAGCGCUCACAAGCCACCGACGGCACGGGAUAUUCCACCUGUCACACUGACUAAUAUUCCUCAUGUCGAUGCCGAGGACUUUAAGCCAUACCUUUCGCAAGUCGGUGCUCUAUACGAGCAACUCCGCCGCAUCCAGGAAAACGACGAGGAUACAGUGGCUUCCGGUCGCCCAUUUAAGCCCGAUGAGACAAGUGAAUAUAGUGAAGGCUUUCUGCGACCGUCCAGAUCGAGGCCAAUGAGACGCGGCUCUACCUCUUCGAUAUCGUCGCUGGCUUCAAUCGAGGCGCCUAGCCCGUCUCGAAAACAGAGUAUAAGCUUUAGUCGAAAGGCGCCACAGGGACCGCCGCCGCUGUCAACCAUACCAACAGUUUAUUUUGACCAAGACUUCCAUCUGGAGAACCCAAGAACCUUCGAUAUUGUUAGCGAGCGGUCCGAAGUCAUUAAACCCGCCGGAGGCAGGUCAAAAGGGGACAGUUCAGCUCCCAGGAAGGCUCUUGCUACCAAUGCUAUUCUGCAAGAAAAGCUUUCUUGGUACAUGGAUACUAUAGAAGUGCACCUCAUCAAUUCUAUAUCAACAGCCUCAACCACAUUUUUUACUGCCCUGGGAUCGUUGAGAGAACUCCACUCGGAGGCAGCUGAUUCUGUGGACAGGAUCAAGACACUGAGGCAGGAACUAGAGGCUCUGGACGAAGAAGUCGCUACGAGCGGCUUGCAGGCAGUUCAGCAACGAAGACGACAACAAAACUUGCGCAAGUUAAGCGACGCCGUCGAGCAGCUACGCCAGGUUGCCGAAGGCUUGGCUACAUGCGAAACGUUGGUGGAUGAGGGAGAGGUAGACAAGGCCUUGAACAGCAUGGACACAUUGGAGAAGCUCAUUUCUGGAGAGCGCGACGGAGCGGCUGAAAGCGAACUGAAUUUGCGGGACCUGAGAGGCGCCGCAGCCCUUCAAAGUAUCGACGCUGACCUCGACACGCUACGAUACAGAGUCGGAAAGGCAUAUGAAUCGCAAUUUACCAGAAUUCUCUUUGAAGAUCUACGGCGGCAUGUCGAAUCGGUAUCGACUGCUGAUGUACUAUUACGAUGGGACAAUGCUGCUUCACGAACAAGAGGAGUACACUCUCGGUCACCUUCCAUAUUCCCUACGUAUUUGACGGCAACAGAAGAUUUGAAGGCACAGCUGUACCCUGUGAUGGCUGGUCUGUUUCGAGCAAAGCAUGUCGGCAUAGCCGCCUCCGCAUACAAGGAAGCUGCACUCAAGGAAAUUCGAAAUCUCAUUCGACGGCCAUUGCCGAGUUCGAGUGAAGAUGACAACAUGUCUCUCGUGUCAGUAUCGACCGCUGGUGGGGGAAGACAUUCAUCGAGCCAGGAGAAAUCAGCGAAUCUAGCGCGCAAUCUGCGUGCGCUGGAACCCGAAGAUGCGGAGGAUUUAUUGCAAAAAAUAUAUGUUGGCGUCACGGAAACGCUCCGGAGACUAUCCACGCAAGUCAAGGUGCUUUUGGAUAUUGCGUCGUCUCUUGCAGACACACCGAAUGGAGACGGCAUCAAAUCACCCACGGUACGAUCACCGCUGGGCAGCCCUCGACAAGAUCGUCAGGCAGCUCUUCCCGGAUUCGAAAUUCAAGAGGAGCUGCACAAAGCACUGGAUGCGACGAACCUUUUAGCACAGGGAGUUGAUAUUGCUCACGACAAGAUUGUCAAGGUCCUCAAGGUCCGUGGUGAACAAGCAACGGGCCUCCCGCUGGACAUGUUUUUACGGUACUUUACGCUAAACCUGUACUUUGCAAACGAAUGUGAGGCUGUUUCCGGGCGAAGCGGGUUACCACUGAAGAAUGUCGUCAACAGCCAAAUCAAAGAGUUUGUGCAGAGAUACCAGAACGCCGCAAUGCAAAAACUUGCGCAAGGCAUGGAAGCCGACAAAUGGGUUGCCAAAGACUUCAACGAGAGACUUGCCAGACAGCUCGGGGAGAUUCUGGAAUGCAGCACACAUGAUGCCGAGUCAUGGAGCAAUGGUAACAAGUUGUGGGUGCCGGCCAUGGAGCUUCUCAAACUCAAGCUGGAGGAAGAAUCAGCGGAGAGAGAGAGGGAAAAGAGCAGCGGCGAAAAGGAAAAGGCGCGUGCGGCUGUUAUCGAAUCGGAGAAAUUUAUUCUCCCCAACUCGGCCAUUCUCUGCAUGCAAGGAUUGGAAAGCUUUUUGCACUUGAUUGCGGGGAUUCCCUCCAUGACGACAGAUAUUGCAACAUCUUUGAUUGCUUACCUACAGCUUUUCAACUCGCGAUGCACACAGCUUAUUUUAGGUGCCGGUGCUACAAAAACAGCGGGACUCAAGAACAUCACGACAAAGCACCUUGCUCUCGCAUCUCAGGCCCUAUCACUGAUUGCCACGCUCAUGCCACACGUUCGCGAGUUUGUCAGACGCCAUGCUGGAUCUGGUACAGGCGUGUCGGGGCUUAUGGGCGAGUUCGACAAACUCAGGAGACUACUACAGGAGCAUCAAAGCAACAUUCACCAGAAGCUGGUCGACAUCAUGAACGGCCGUGCCACUCUUCACUCCAAAGGCAUGAAGACGAUUCAGUGGCAUAAUGACGGCGAAGGAGCCGGCGCACAUGCGUACAUGGAGACGCUGGUCAGGGAGACGACGACACUGUACAAGGUGCUCACGAAACACUUACCGGAAAGCGCAAUUCAAGCGAUCAUGGUUCCUGUGUUUCGCGGCUACAAGGAGCAGCUCGGGUCAGCAUUCAAGGAUGCAGAGGCGAGGAACAAGGCUGGGCAGCAAAGUAUGCUCCGAGAUGUGGAGCUUUUCAAGAGCACGCUGGGCAGCCUCGACGGAUUUGGCGAUGCCGGCGAGUAUUUGACCAAUAUUGUCAAGAGCAGGGAGCUUGCCGAAGAAGCGGUAGCCGUCGCAAAGUCAGCAAAAGACACGAAAAAAGAUGUCAAAACUCCACAAGAAGUCAAGACCACGCAAAAUGUCAAGACUGACACCAAGGUCGAGCAAGGGGCGGACAAGGUGGAUGAGGGAGAGGGUGCCAUCAAAGCCGACAAGAUCGAGAUCAGCGAAGCGGAGCCGCCCGAGCCACCAGCCAAGGACGAUAAAGACAUGAGCAGCGUAAAGGACAGCGGUGAGAAGGAUAAGUAG